AUAAGAAAUCUCUCAUACAUAGAGCACUUGUUCCGGACCAGGCCCUGACACCGUUUCAAUGCUUCACUUUCUCACUAACGCUGAGCGAUAAGGGAUGCCAUGGCCCCGUUUACACAGGAGGACACUGAGGCUCAGAAGUCUGCCAGCCUCUACCUCUUGACUGUAGCCAGGGGGCUGUUUGAUAUGACCUCAUGAUAUGUGAAGUGUGUGACACCAGGCCUGGCAUUGUUAGCCGUAGCCCUGUAGGUUUAGUUAUCGUCAUAGGUGCUUUUUAUAUGUUUUGCCCCCGAGGGUGAGCUGCCACCCAGCUCCUGAGUCAGACCUUCACGUCUGGAGGGGCAUAGGGGGUGGUUUCUAUCUUGAUAUUGAGUCACCUGGUGGAGGGACACUGGGCAUAGGUCCAAGGCUCUAAAAUGAGUCAUCUCUUUACAUACCAAUGAGAAAUCAGAGGCAGGGGCCCACCUGGUGCAUCAUGUAGGUUGGUAAGCAGAGGUCCAUUUGAGUGAGGGACGAGGGCUCUUCUGAGGUAACACAGUACAGGGAUAGAGACAGAAAGGCCUGAUUCCCGACAAGGGGGAUAGGACGGGGGCAGCGGGGUUCUGUGGGGGAAGCAUCUUCAUCGCUCCCUCUCCCAGUGGUGGGAGAGGUGCCCCAACCAGCUGCUUCUAUUCCAGACUGUGAGAAGAGGGGCGAUGUGGCUGAAGGUGGGGGGCCUACUGCGGGGGACCCGUGGACAGCAGGGCCAGAUUGUUGGACUGCCUUGUGGGACCCUGGGGCCUGGGGCCCACUGGUGGGGGCCGUGUGGGGGUUCUUGGGCCCAAAAGUUUCAUCAGGAUGGGCCUGGAAGAGGCCUGGGUGAGGAGGAUAUUCGCAGGGCACGGGAGACCCGUCUCAGCAAGACACCCCGGCCCCAGCUGAGUGACCGUUCUCGAGAACGCAAGGUACCUGCCUCCCGCAUCAGCCGCUUGGCCAACUUUGGGGGACUGGCUGUGGGCUUGGGGCUGGGUGCGCUGGCCGAAAUAGCCAAGAAGUCCCUGCCAGGAGGACAACUGCAGCCAGAGGGCAGCUCCCGGCUGGGCUCCAGCCCCUUCCUCUCGGAGGCCAACGCCGAGCGGAUUGUGCAGACCUUAUGUACAGUUCGGGGGGCCGCCCUCAAGGUUGGCCAAAUGCUCAGCAUCCAGGACAACAGCUUCAUCAGCCCCCAGCUGCAGCGCAUCUUUGAGCGGGUCCGCCAGAGCGCCGACUUCAUGCCCCGCUGGCAGAUGCUGAGAGUUCUCGAAGAGGAGCUUGGCACAGACUGGCAGGCCAAGGUGGCCUCCUUGGAGGAGGUGCCCUUUGCCGCGGCCUCAAUCGGGCAGGUGCACCAGGGCGUGCUGAGGGACGGGACGGAGGUGGCCGUGAAGAUCCAGUACCCAGGUGUCGCCCAGAGCAUCCAGAGCGACGUCCAGAACCUGCUGGCGGUGCUGAAGAUGAGCGUGGCCCUGCCGGAGGGCCUGUUUGCUGAGCAGAGCCUGCAGGCCCUACAGCAGGAGCUGGCCUGGGAGUGUGACUACCGUCGCGAGGCAGCUUGUGCCCAGAGCUUCAGGCAGCUGCUGGCAGACGACCCGUUCUUCCGGGUGCCAGCUGUGGUUAAGGAGCUGUGCACAACAAGGGUGCUGGGCAUGGAGCUGGCUGGAGGGGUCCCCCUGGACCAGUGCCAGGGCCUGAGCCAGGACAUCCGGAACCAGAUUUGCUUCCAGCUCCUGAGGCUAUGUCUGCGGGAGCUGUUUGAGUUCCGAUUCAUGCAGACAGACCCCAACUGGGCCAACUUUCUGUAUGACGCCUCCAGCCACCAGGUGACCCUGCUGGACUUUGGUGCAAGCCGAGAAUUUGGGACGGAGUUCACAGACCAUUACAUCGAGGUGGUGAAGGCUGCAGCCGAGGGAGACAGAGACCGGGUCCUGCAGAAAUCCCGAGACCUCAAAUUCCUCACAGGCUUUGAAACCAAGGCAUUUUCUGAUGCCCACGUGGAGGCAGUAAUGAUCCUGGGGGAGCCCUUCGCCACCCAGGGCCCCUACGACUUUGGGGCAGGGGACACUGCCCGCCGCAUACAAGGCCUCAUCCCCGUGCUGCUGCAGCACCGCCUGCGUCCCCCACCUGAGGAGACCUACGCCCUGCACCGCAAGCUGGCUGGCGCUUUUCUGGCCUGCGCCCGCCUCCGCGCCCACAUUGCCUGCAGGGACCUCUUCCAGGACACCUACAACCGAUACUGGGCCAAUCGCCAGACACAGCCACUGACCAGAGGGGACCUCAGGGCGGAUCCCUCCUGACAGCCUCUGCGGGAGAUCCCAGGUCCAGCCCCAGAGCUGGGCCACCCCCCGCUGUGGUUCCUCCUGUCCCUGCCCUCUCUGCUCUGGGACCAGGGGGCCCCCUUGGGUUUCCCAGCCUUGCCUAGCUCCCCUCCUUGGCCCAGGAGCUCAGGAAGCCCAGGGCUAGGGAACUUCCAAGUUCAUGGCCUGUAUCCUGCUGCUCCCCACUCCAAAGUGAGUGUCCAGGAAUUCUAAGCCAGGGAAGCGGUUAACUUAUUUCUGCCAACAUGUGAGGGAGCCCUCAGGCCUUCUGCGUGCCAUUAUUGAGAACCGGACUCUGAGCGGGCGAGCCCCUCACCUCUGCCUGGGGUCUCCUGGUCUCCGAAAGAGAGAUGGUGGCCAGUGGAUUCAGCUCUCACCUUUGUCUCCCUCACUCUUCCACCAGCUGUCUUCACCCGGGUUCCAACCUCUCUGUGUGUUGGAGGGGUUGGGGGGUGGUGAACCUUCAGUGGGAAUAAAAGCGACCCUCCCCUUC